AAGACAGAGUUAAAAUUUCUCUUCAGAUCAACAAUCAACUGCCCUGCAAAAAGUCCAGAGGAAGGAGAGCCAUGGGUCCCUACAGGAAGUGUGCAGUCGUCGUCCUGGCCGUGUUGUCUGUGUUUCUUCAUGCUCUCCAUUCCUUUCCUGACGGGGAGUUCGCGAUGCAGGGUUGCCCAGAGUGCAAAUUAAAGGAAAACAAGUACUUCUCCAGGCUGGGUGCCCCCGUUUACCAGUGUAUGGGCUGCUGCUUCUCCAGGGCGUAUCCCACUCCAGCAAGGUCCAAGAAGACAAUGCUGGUUCCCAAGAACAUCACCUCAGAGGCCACAUGCUGUGUGGCCAAAGCAUUUACUAAGGCCACAGUCAUGGGCAGUGCCAGGGUGGAAAACCACACGGAAUGCCACUGCAGCACCUGUUAUUACCACAAAUCCUGAGCACUGUGACUGCUGACCAGAAGCAGACCACGAAGGAGCUUGCUACCAUCCAGCCUCCUCGGCCUCCCUGCCCCUUGCCAGGCCAAUUUGGUGUGCUCCUGACUCAUUCCCUCCUGCCUGCCUGCUUUCCCUCCCUUCCUCCUCCCUCCUCUCUCCUCCCUUCCUCCCUCUCCCUUCCUCCCUUCCUCUUCUCCCUCCUCCUCCUUUC